AUGUCGCAAAGAUUACAAAGUAUCAAGGAUCAUUUGGUGGAAAGCGCAAUGGGGAAGGGCGAAGCGAAGAAGAAGAACUCGUUAUUAGAGAAAAAACCGGAAGACGUGGUGAUUGUGGCUGCUAACAGGUCUGCCAUUGCUAAAGGUUUCAAAGGUAGUUUUAAGGAUGUAAAUACUGACUACAUGCUGUACAAUUUCCUCAGUGAGUUCAUUGGAAGGUUCCCGGACCCUUUAAGGACGGAUUUGAAGUUGAUUGAAGAAGUUGCUUGUGGUAACGUUCUUAAUGUUGGCGCUGGCGCUACGGAACACAGAGCAGCAUGCUUGGCAAGCGGGAUUCCAUACUCGACACCUUUUGUCGCUUUGAACAGACAGUGUUCCUCAGGUUUAACGGCGGUAAACGAUAUUGCUAACAAGAUCAAAGUUGGACAAAUCGAUAUUGGAUUGGCGCUGGGUGUGGAGUCAAUGACCAAUAACUACAAAAACGUCAAUCCCCUGGGUAUCAUCUCCUCCGAUGAGUUGCAGAAGAACCGUGAAGCGAAGAAAUGUCUAAUUCCAAUGGGUAUUACAAACGAAAAUGUUGCUGCCAAUUUUAAAAUCACGAGAAAUGAUCAAGAUGAGUUUGCUGCCAAUUCUUAUCAAAAAGCUUACAAGGCGAAGAAUGAGGGGCUUUUUGAAGAUGAAAUCCUGCCUAUAACACUACCAGACGGCUCGAUUUGUCAGUCGGAUGAAGGGCCACGCCCCAACGUUACUGCCAAAUCGCUUUCAAGUAUCAAGCCUGCUUUUCUCAAAGAUAGAGGUACUACUACUGCGGGUAAUGCAUCUCAGGUCUCUGAUGGUGUAGCCGGUGUCCUGUUAGCUCGUAGGUCUGUGGCCAACCAGCUGAAUUUACCUGUGUUAGGUCGCUACGUCGACUUUCAAACGGUUGGGGUUCCUCCUGAAAUAAUGGGAGUGGGUCCAGCGUAUGCCAUACCAAAAGUUUUAGAAUCCAUCGGCUUACAAAUUCAAGACAUCGAUGUUUUUGAAAUCAACGAAGCAUUUGCAGCCCAAGCAUUAUACUGCAUCCACAAACUAGGAAUUGAUGUGGAUAAGGUGAAUCCAAGGGGCGGAGCAAUUGCUUUGGGUCAUCCAUUGGGUUGUACUGGCGCAAGACAAGUGGCCACUAUAUUAAGGGAGCUGCAAAAGGAUCAGAUCGGGGUUGUUAGUAUGUGCAUAGGUACUGGUAUGGGUGCGGCCGCUGUCUUCAUUAAGGAGUAG